CCCUCAGAUGGCUCAGGGACAACGCGGAGGCGUUCGGCGGGGACCCGGAGUUGAUCACGAUCUUCGGCGAGUCGGCGGGCGGCAGCUCCGUGUCCCUGCACCUGAUCUCCCCCGUGACAAGGGGCCUGGUGCGCCGGGGUAUACUGCAGAGCGGCACCCUGAACGCGCCCUGGAGUUACAUGAGCGGGGAGAAGGCGAACGAGGUGGCGAGGAUACUGGUGGACGAUUGCGGAUGCAACUCGACGAUGCUGAACGAGAAUCCAGCGAGGGUGAUGGCGUGUAUGAGAUCCGUGGACGCGAAGACCAUAUCCGUUCAACAGUGGAACAGUUAUUGGGGAAUUCUUGGCUUCCCCUCGGCACCGACCAUCGACGGGAUCUUCCUUCCCAAGCAUCCUCUCGAUCUGUUGAGGGAGGCCGAUUUCAAGGACACCGAGAUACUGAUCGGUAACAACGAGAACGAGGGAACUUAUUUCAUCCUUUACGACUUCAACGAUAUUUUCGAGAAGGACCAGGCCAGUUUCUUGGAACGAGAAAGAUUCCUUGGUAUUAUCAACAAUAUCUUCAAGAACAUGUCUCAAAUUGAACGAGAAGCCAUUACUUUCCAGAGGACGAGCACCAAUCUAUGGGGUGAGUGGAUGGGCGUAUUGCACGGUGACGAGGUGGAGUACGUGUUCGGCCAUCCCCUGAACAAGUCUCUCAAGUACAGCGACAAAGAACGAGAUCUGUCCUUGAGGAUGAUACUCUACUUCUCCGAAUUCGCCUAUUUGGGAAAACCAACGAAAGAAGACUCUGAAUGGCCAUCGUAUUCGAGAGACGAACCAAAAUACUUCAUCUUCGACGCGGAGAAGACUGGUCUUGGUAAAGGGCCACGUACCACGUAUUGUGCUUUCUGGAACGAAUUUCUGCCAAAGUUGAAAGGAAUACCAGAAUCCGACCAAGUAUCCUGUCAAGAUAAACAACUAAUUUUAGAUGAGCAUAAUGAUAUUAGACAAAAAAUAAGUUUUGGAGAGAUCCAAGGAAUGCCUACUGCUGCCAAUAUGAGAGAGCUGACCUGGGACGAUGAACUUGCUGAUAUGGCGCAAAAUUGGGCAACUAAAUGUGCUGAGAUCCGCGAUCCUGUCAGACAUAUUCGGGGAUUCUAUGUGGAACAAAAUAUGCUUAAGACAAUUUCAUCGACGCAAUUCAACGAUUUACCAGACUGGCGUCAAGCGAUCUACAAUUGGUUCAACGAAGUGCAAUAUAAGGGCGGUAUUAGCCAUUACAAUCAGAUAUUCUGGGCUAAUAGUCAUUUAAUAGGCUGUGGCUACACUUACUAUUUUGAUGCGGGCCAUGGAUACAUCAAAAAUUACGUAUGCAAUUAUGCACCUGGCGACAACGUAGACGGUCAUCUACCGUAUGAGCAAGGCCAACCUGCCUGUAGCAAUUACGGGAUGACUUCUUCAAGUCGAUUCAAAGGCCUUUGUUCUGCAGGAACCAAUAAUUAUCUGGGAACCCGGUGCAAUUAAUUGCUGUUUAAAUGCUGUUUAAAUGAAAACAGAAAAACAAAAUUCACAUAUUUUUAUCAAUGAUCGAUUAAGG